UACAAGCCGGCCAUAUUAGAGAGAAGGAAAUAAAGCUUCCUUUAUGUUGCAUAUGUCUUUGAAGUACAUCUGUGCAUUUUCUUUUUAGCAUCUAACCAUUCCUCCCCCGCAGCCCUCAGCCCCUCAAAUCACCCUCUCCCCUAGCCACCCCCCCCACCCCCGACAAACAUCUCAGUCUCUGAAAAUGCACAGAGAUGCCUGGCUACCUCGCCCUGCCUUCAGUCUCACGGGGCUCAGUCUCUUUUUCUCUUUGGUGCCACCAGGGCAGAGCAUGGAAGUCACCGUACCCACCACCCUCAACGUCCUCAAUGGCUCUGAUGCCCGCCUGCCCUGCACCUUCAACUCCUGCUACACCGUGAACCACAAACUGUUCUCCCUGAACUGGACUUACCAGGAGUGUAGCAACUGCUCCGAGGAGAUGUUCCUCCAGUUCCGUAUGAAGAUCAUUAACCUGAAGCUGGAGCGGUUUCGAGACCGCGUGGAGUUCUCUGGGAACCCCAGCAAGUAUGAUGUGUCGGUGACACUGAAAAAUGUGCAGCUCGAGGAUGAGGGCAUCUACAACUGCUACAUCAUGAACCCGCCCGACCGUCACCGUGGCCACGGCAAGAUCUCCCUGCAGGUCCUGCUGGAAGAGCCGCCUGAGCGGGAUUCCACGGUGGCGGUGAUCGUGGGUGCCUCCGUGGGGGGCUUCUUGGCUGUGGUCAUUUUGGUGCUGAUGGUCGUGAAGUGUGUGAGGAGGAAAAAAGAGCAGAAACUGAGCACCGAUGACCUGAAGACUGAGGAGGAAGGCAAGACGGAUGGUGAGGGCAACGCGGACGACGGCACCAAGUAACUGGCUGUGGCCCCACCCUGCGGCCCCCCAUGUCCCACCCCCUCCCCCUCUCUGCCCCGUACAGUGUGACCCUGCCUACCCUCUCUUGGUGUGCUUCUCUUGAACCGGGCUCCCAGUGCCGACCUGGGGCCUCCUGAACGUCUUGUCCCCCACCCUGCACCAAGAGUGACCCACCUCUCUUUCAUCUGAGAAAACUGCCAUGGCGUAUGGGGUGUGAGGGCCUGGGAGAGAGGAGGAUGGGCUCCAACCUGCAGAUCCCCAGAGGAGGCAGGAGCGGAAGUGAGGUCCCAAGAGGGAAGGGGGAGGGUGGGCAGUGGUGGAGGAAGAGAUCAGCCGGCCCAGGGCUUGGACUCAUCUGGUAGUGGCUUCAUAGGACCUGGUGUGGGGCUCUUUUAUGCAGGAGCUGUCUCCAGAAGGUUUGGGUGUGGCACCGCUGUGCAUCUCUGGUGCACCCGGCACAGAGCAGCCCCAGCAGGCUGGGGGUGGUGAUGGGUUCCUAAAAUUUAGGGGAAGGCAUAUUAGAGGGAUGGCUGUGCCUUUCCUGGGCAUUGAAGGAAAGCUAGGGCUGGGAGCAAAGCUGGAGACCAGCCUUGGGGCUGCUCUGAACCUCUCCUCCACUGAUGGCUGCACCACGGAAGUCUCUAGGUUUUCUGCUGUCCACUAAUCCCUUGGGAGUUUGGAGAGAAUGGUCCUGGAAGAGCCGGUGGGCUGGGCCAUGGGUGGAUUUUGCUGUUCUAGGUAGACGUCAUUUCCUCCAUAGCUACCUACCAAUAGGAGACUAAUCUCAAAGUCAGCUCUGGGAGUGAGGGGGUGGAGGCGCCACUGUUUAAGGGAGUUUGCUUCUGACUGCCUUCUCCAAGUUGGUGACCCCAUCAGCCUGGGCCAGGAGCAGCCGAGGGGCAGAAACAGGAGCAGCCGAGGGGCAGAAACAAGGAGGGGCAGAAACAAGGAGGGGCAGAAACAAGGAGCAGCCACAGGCAGGGGAGCUGGUGUGCCCAGCCGGGGCAGCUGCAUUCAGGGCUCCAGUUCGGGCUUUCCUCAUUGCCCUCAGGGUGGUUUGCAUCUGGCUGUUGGCUAAAGACCAGGGAAGGGAAGAGUGAGGGUAGGACCCCGAGCCCCUUAGAUCCUGUGGCCAUGUUACACUUGGAGCCAUGCCUUACCCUCCCCUGCCUCAGCACUUCACUUUGUGGACAAGAAAGUAGGACUUGGAGGGAGCCAACUUUCACUGCCAUUUUACCCACAUUUAAAGAGAUCUUGUUAAACCCAGAGGGAGGGAGAGAGGCCGAGGCGGACAGGGAAACUGCUGACUUAGAGAACACGACCUUGGAAGAACUCAAAUAUCAACUGCCAAGUCAUCUGUGUUACAGAUGGGGAAACUGAGGCUCACAUGGUCCAAAACCAUGGCUCCUGCCACUUUCUCCUCCGCGUCCUCAGUCUCCAGUGUAAAUCAACAGAGCCAUCAUUUUCCCAGUUGAAGGAGCCCCUCUGGGCUGGUAGAUGAGGGGGGUGGACUCGUCUGGCCCUGCUCCUCUCCCAGGCACCAGCCCCUCUAGGCUGGGAUUGAGGCGGAGGGGGGUGAUGGAGAGUGAGCGGGCAGAGUUGCUGGCGAUGCCCUGCUCCCCCUCCCAGGCUGACUGUCUUCAGCACUUCCCAGCCUUCUCUGGGAGCUCGGCCCCCACCCCUGGCUCAGGGAGUUAGUGACCAGGGCAGGGAGUGAGGCUGGGGGAAGGGGUAGAGACAGGGCUGUGACAGUCUCAGGGACCAAUCCCUGCCCCUGCCCACCAGACGGCCAAUUUGGGGAGGGAGUGCCAGUGCAUGGGAGAUUCAGUUUAAUUCACUUCAACGCAACAACCAUUUAUUGAGCAUCUGCUAUGUGCCAGGCACUGCGCUGGGUGCCAGGGAUGCACACAAAGCCAUAACAGAGUUGGGGACUGCCACAUCCGCACUGUGGAGACCAAUGUUAACUUUUUGGUGCACCUAAUUCCAUCUCUGCAGCCACUGCUUCUGGGGCAGAAGUAGUGAAGAAGAAAGGGAUUCUGGAGUCUGGGCCCUGGGAAGGGAGGGAAGGGAGGAAAGAGGGAAGAGAAAACAAGGAAGAAGAGUGCAGAGACCAGGCUGAGAAGGCAGAGAGUGAGGGAUGGACAAUGACAAGCAAGAUAGCUCCUGGGCAAGGUGAGUCCAGCCCAUCUGGAAAUUCUGAACUCAUCGGCUGAGUACCAACUGCCAAUCAACACACUGCCAAUGGGGUGGGUUAAACCACCAGGAUGCCUGGAGCCAAAGGACGCUGCCCAUCUUUGGAACUAACUAGCCGAGAGGGGAGAGAGGUGGGUGGUGGGCACCUCAGGCCUGCUGAGACCAGGGCUGUAUCCAUUUCUGCAGCUUGCAGAUUUCAUCUUUUGGCAAUCCCUUAAGUGCCCUUCUCUCCUAGGAUAAAUGAGGAUCUGUACCUGUUUGGAACUUUUCUUUUCCCAGGACUUGUAACAUUAGGGGAAUUAUUUGCAAGACUCCCCAGUUUCAUUCUAAGAAGUCCUAACUCUCCAUACAGAGACCCAAGACUUCUGAGCUCUUUCCCUUCUCUGCCCUGACCAAGAGAGAGAGAGCAAAGUCUCUCCACGGGCCUCAGGGCCCCAGGCAGACGGGGAUCGUUCAGGAACCAGCUUUGCCCCAGGUGCCCACCUUCAUAUGCACUUUCUUCUCGAACCUCCUAGAAUCUCCUCCAGAGGUCUCACAGAGCUGCCUCCCCUCCCUGUGCUGUGAGGUUGAGGGCAAAUAGGGGCUUCUGUGAGAAGAGGUGGGAAACUGGUGAGAUGUUUCCACAGCAGCCAUUUCUCUACCCUGCUUUCCGGCAUAUGCCAGCAAGCUGUCCCUCUUCCUGCACUGUGGGGUUCAAGCCCCGUUUCUGGCUGCAUGUCCUCACCACUGCCCUCUGCCACGCUCCGUCUGCUGGCUUCCUUCACCUCCCCUGCCUCUCCUGCUCUCCCAGAACCCCGUCUCUGACUCUUCCUCCUAAUUAAGGGCCAACGUAAAGAGAAAUGGGCUGGCCAACCACAAGAUUUGGCUUAUAAGAACAAAGCACAAUUUUUCAGGACUGAAAUGCCUUGAGGUGCCUUGGAACUGACUUUGGAAAUAGCUAUCUGCCCCUUAGCUAUGGACUAAUCACAGCUAUUCCCAAUUUAUCAAAAGGGAAAGUUGAUUGAAUCCAUAUUUCUCCCUGUGAAUUUCCUUGGGGAGGCUGGGCUGGUAAAUGUUUACAAGGUCAGGUUAAGCAGAUGGACAGUUGAAAAUUCUGGCCAGGUCCAAAGGGAUAGUCCCAGGUCAUGAGAAUGGCUUGGUGUAGUUGGAAAGGGUGAUGAAUCAAGACAUUUUCCUUCCUAGCUAUGUCUUAAUGAUAGACAGCCUGUGUCUUAAAUAUUUCUGCCUCUUGCUGAUGUCUUCCUUUAUUGAAUUUUGCUGACGCAUUUGUACAUAGUCUAUAUAGAAACAUAGAUAUAUUAUAUAUAUAUAAAUAUAAAGCAUCUCACUACACCCACCCCAAAAGUUACAUUUGGGAGGUGAGGGUAAUCAUUUCUCAAUGUUUUGAGUUGAUUCACCAAAGGCAAAUUAUGGAAUGCUAUUAUUGCUGAUUGUGCACUUGGAGAGGAAAACCCGACUACACAAGCACCUUCUACGUUUUAUGUGCUAUGUGGUGGUUGGAAAGGGCAAUGGGGAGAGAAAUGUAACUGAUCCUAUGCGACCUGACGGCUGUGACGUAUCUGCUUUUCAGAGCAGACUGACUUUCUUCUGCAGUUUGUCUUAUUGCUUGGAUCUAUUGGCUAAAAUAAACAGACUGUGUCCCCUGAA